UGCCUCCAUGUGUGUAUUGUUUAAACUGCUCUGAACUGCUAGUGCUUGUUCGAGCAAAAACUUCCCAGCACAAGCGAUGGCGGCCGCGGUGUCCGUUAGCGCAGCUGCCAGAGAUGAAAAACCCUAUGCCGGGCAAAAUUGUGGUUCCCGUCCACUAACGUUGUAUGAAAACUACGGUACUGUUGUAGAACAGGAGGAAUGGGUUUUGGGAGAGAGAAGGGAUCCAGAUGCUGAGACUUCUGAGGAAACGGCACCUAGGGGUAGUGAAUGCCAAAGGAGAGUUGACGAUGAGUUGCCUGUUUUGAAUCCUGAAGAGAUUGAAAGCAGACUCGAGAGGACUCGAAAAGAGUUUUACAAUCGUCGGAAGAUCAUCAUUAAAAAUCUUCCUUCCGAUAUAACCAAUCAGGAGGUGCAUGACCUGCUGAGCAGUUAUGACCUGAAGUACUGCUUUGUCGAUAAGUAUAAGGGCACAGCUUUCGUCACCUUGCUGAACGGUGAGCAGGCCCAGCAUGCCAUUGGAGAGUUCCACCAGCACGUGCUGCGUGAGCGCGAGAUCUCGGUGCAGCUGCAGCCCACAGAUGCGCUGCUGUGCAUCGCCAACCUGCCUCGCGCCUUCAGCCAGCAGCAGUUUGAGGAGCUGGUGCGUCCCUUCGGCAACCUGGAGCGCUGCUUCCUGGUGCACAGCGCAGUCACGGGCCACUCCAAGGGCUACGGCUUCGUGGAGUACAUGAAGAAGGACUCAGCUGCGCGUGCCAAGUCAGAGCUGCUGGGCAAGCAGCUGGGCUCACGAAUGCUCUAUGUGCACUGGACCGAGGUGGGCUCGCUCACCUUCCCCAUGCUGCACUCGCGCUGCCUCUGCGUCGACCGGCUGCCCCCCAGCCUGGUCAGUGCUCAGGACCUGCUGGCGGCACUGGCUGAUACGCACGCGCCCAUCUUCUGCCAGCUCGCCCAGGGGCAGGACGGGAGUUUCCGGCGCUUCGCUGUGCUCGAGUUCUCCACACCAGAGAUGGCCGAGGAAGUGCAGCGGGUGGCGGACGGCCGAGCACUGGGCGGCGCCCACAUUCGCGUUUCCUUCUGCGCCCCAGGACCGCCAGGCAGGAGCAUGCUGGCUGCCCUCAUUGCAGCCCAGACCAUGGCUCUGAACCGUGGGAAGGGGCUUCUGCCGGAGCCCACAGCCAUGCAGAUCCUCACUGGCCUCAGCAACCCCGCCACACUCAAGAUGCUUCUGACGCCUCUGGCCCAGGGCCGCAAGCAGGGUCUGUUGGGUGCUGCUCCCACCAUGCCCCUGCUGGGCAACCCUGCCCUCUCCGCUGCCCUCCUGCAGUUGCUGCUUCAGAACCAGGCCCAAGUCCAACAGCAAGCUUUUUUGGGAAACCCUCUUCUCUGGGCACAGGUCCUGCACAGUAAAGACAGCCGCCUUCUUCCCUGUGCCGGACUCCUGGGCGAGAACCCUCUGGGCCCUCAUGCCCUCCAGCAGGGCGUCACCAUGCUGGGAGAUCUACCUCAAGGCGGAAUGGUUCCAGGGCUGACUCUACCAGCGGAGGCCCCAGGCCCCAUCAAGCCCCCCUCUCGUCCGCUGGGCCGUGAGCAGGAGUCUCCCACCCCCCCCUGUAGCUUCCCCUCCACCCCCUCCCCAGCUCUGCAGGGCCUGCCCAUGCCGCUCCUGGGAGGCGUGCUUGGAGCUGAGGCACCUGCCAUACCCGGGUCACUGUUAGGAGCGCCUCCCAAAGAGGUGGGGGUAUCCCACAAUCCAUUCCUGAACAACCCCAACGUUUUCCCCUCUGCUGCCUCCAGCAGCAGGCCCCACCCCUACAGUCACGCCUACAGGAAGAGGCCCACGUUAGGCAGCGCGUCUAGCCAGCGCACGGGCCACACCCUCCACUCCAGCUUCAACCUGCGCUACCAGGACUCCUACACCCCAGAGUACCCGCCCCUGCACCAGGACCCUCUGUCUCACUUGUAUGAGCCAGAGACUCUGGAUGGCGCUUCGCUACCAGGGUUCGGCGUUCAGCCUUCUCGCCCCUCCAGCUUCAGUGAGCGUCUCCCCUCCUAUCACUACCCCCCCAGCCCUCCCCGCAACUCCUUUUUCAGCUUUGGGGCUCCAGGAAGCACCCCCUCCACCCAGCUCAAUAAGGCUGUAGGGAUGCCCCCUGUAAGCCACAGUAGUCUCUACUCUGCCGCUCCGGGGAGCGAAAUGAAGACUCCAGUCGGAGGGCAGAAGCGCCUCUUCUCCCGCCUCAUCCCCUCGCCCGAGCCCAGUCCCGAGGGUGGCUAUGUGGGCCAGCACUCCCAGGGCCUGGGGGGCCACUACGCCGACUCCUACCUGAAGCGGCUGCUUCUCCCCUGCUGACCAGCAGAGGGAGCCUGCCAUUCUUGAGGCAUUCACUGGUACUGGACUUGACCAGCAGCAACCGCAGCAGCUUUAGCCAGUCUCUGUUCAUGCUAUGUUCUUACUGCUGCUGCUGUCAUUUUACGCUUUUCCUGCCCGAGUGGACGACCCUCUGGUGCAGGCCGGACCUGUGCUCACCCUUCUGUUGUGUCCGAAGCAUUCCGUUGACAAAGCCUUCCCUGAACCUCUCGGGGAAAGUCCCAUUUCAUCUUCAUCUCCCUCUUUGAUCCACCUCAUGCACAACCCCUUCUGGUCUGUUGGGUCCAAGGAACUGGGGGCGCUAGGUCUGGCCUGUGCCGAGUAGCAGGACCAUGUGACUCCGUUUUAAAGCUGUUCUUAUUAAUCUGGUUGACAUUUUGAUUGUGAUAACCCCAUUACCUCUGCCUUGUGCUCUGCCUGGCCACAGAUCUUAAAACAACUCCAAGUGUGCCUGAACUUGCCAGCCUUUUUUUUUUCUCUCUUCUGUGAUCUCAUCUCUACCUACCAAAAGCUUUAACCUGCAUUUAACCAUCUUUUUUUUUCCGUUCUUUUGCUGUGUAUAUACUUAAGCGUGGUUAUUUUUAUUUAUUUUUUUCCCUCAAGCUUCCUUGUCUUUUAUUUUUAAACCUUCCAAGCAGAAAAAUGUAAGUUUAAAUCUAUUUUCUGUGAUCACAUGAUGAACAAAUAUAUCGAGAGCUGAACUUUUCUUUUCAACCAAAUGCGUUGCUCUUCAGUCUCUGUUGUGAUAUGCUGGUGUGUGUGUGGUUGUGCGCGCGUGUGUGUGUGUGCGUGUGUGCGUGCAUGCCUCUGUGUAUUCUGUAUGGACCAACUGGUGCAUUUCAGUUGGCUGGAAACCCCCCUCAAAACUGGUAUGUUUGUCAACUGUACAGCUCUUUUUGUGAAUUUUUGAGCAAGUAAAUGUUAUUUAAGUUGGCACAUUUGGUGGUCUUGUCAU